UCGCGGCAAGAAUCCAAAAUGACGUAUGCUAUUCGUGGAUUUCACUAUGCCGAUUACAUUGUGUUUGUUACUACGAUAGUGAUAUCCAUAGGAAUAGGCAUUUAUUAUGCCUUUGCUGGGAGCAAAAAGGGAACCACCUCAGAAUAUUUGGUUGGAAGCCGUUCGAUGAAGAUUAUUCCAGUUACCCUGUCUUUAAUGGUUUCGUUCGAAUCCUCUAUUAUGAUGUUGGGAUUCCCGGCGGAAGUUUAUACACAUGGAAUGAUGUUUUGGUUGGCUUGUUUUGGUUUUGGGUUUACAAUGCUCAUAGGAUCACGUCUAAUUGUUCCUCUGAUUCAUCCAUUAAAAAUCACCAGCGUUUAUGAGUAUUUAGAGCUAAGGUUCAAAUCAAGGGCAGUGCGUACAAUAGGAUCAUCACUGGCCUUAUUAAACACGGUAAUAUAUAUGGGAAUUGUUCUAUUUGGUCCCGCCAUAGCCCUGCAAGCAGUUAUGGGGUUUCCUCUCGUUGUAUCUAUGAGUGUUGUUGCAUGUGCGUCUGUUUUAUAUACCUCAAUCGGUGGAUUUAAAGCUGUAGUUUGGACUGACGUUUUCCAAACGUUUAUUAUGCUGCUUGGAAUAUUUUCUGUCCUGAUAAAAGGAACAAUAGACAUCGGUGGGCCAUCAGAAGUGUUUAGAAUGGGUAAAGAAGGAGGGAGAUUGGAGAUUUGGAAUUUCGAUCCAGAUCCAACAGUACGACAUACAUUCUGGAUUCUAACCAUUGGUAUGACGUUACGGUCAUUUGGAUUGGCUGUUGGUCAAGCUUCUGUUCAGAGAAUAUCCUCAACACCUACUCAAAAGAAAGCAGCACUGGUAAUGGGAGUAGCUGGACCACUUUUCUUCUUCACGAUGAGUUUAGCAACGCUUGAAGGUUUGAUAGCCUAUGCUUAUUACAGAAAAAAGGGAUGUGAUCCAAUGGCGUCUGGUCAAAUUACCAAUCCAAAUCAGGUUAUGCCUCUACUGGUGAUGGAUCUAUUCGAGUCCCUUCCAGGAAUGCCAGGUCUUUUUAUGGCGUCAUUAUUUAGCGCAUCAUUGAGUACAUUAUCAUCUGGACUAAGUGCUUGUUCAGCACAAACAGUAGAAGAUUAUAUUUUACCAUAUAUGAAAACAAAAUCAGAAAGAACAAAAACAAUACUGGCUAAAUUAUCGGUUGUAGGUUUUGGUAUUAUAUCAGUAGGUGUAUCUAUUCUUAUUUCAACUAUUGGUGGAUCACUUUCCCAGAUUGCAUUUAGUUUAAUGGCAUCGUUUGUAGGUCCUGUAACUGGUCUAAUCUUAUUCGCUAUUUUAUUUCCUUAUGCGAACCAUAAGGGUGCCGUUGUCGGUGUAAUUGUCAGUGUUUGUUUUACCUUUUGGAUAGCUGUUGGGUCGUAUAUGAGUCCCACUUUAAUGAAAACUCCUCGUUUGCCGCCUGCUCCUAUAGACAAUUGUCCAGUGGCUAAUUUCACCAUUAAUCCUUAUAAUUAUACUAAUAUUGCUUUACAGAAAAUAGAAGAUUUUAAACAUUAUGAACCACAAGGUUUAGACAAAUUGUACAGUGUAUCGUAUUUAUGGUUAGGUGGUAUUGCUAUUAUUACUGUAUUUGGUAUUGGUAGUAUCAUAUCGUGGUGUACAGGUUGUAUAAAACCAAAAGAUGCAGGUGCUAAAUACACGGUACCGAUCUUUGAUAGAUUCUUUUGUUGUCUGCCGGAGUGUAUUCUGAAGCCACUACGAUGUGGUAUAGAUUAUUCCAAGAAGGUGUCUAGUAAAUUAAGAGAUAAUUAUGAUGUAAUUAUAAAACUAGACACGAAUGAAGCACAGAAGACACGAUCGACAGACAAAAUUAACCAAAACGAAACAGGAGUGUUGCUUGAACAAACUAAUGGUCAUGGUCAUUCCAACAUUGAACAUGUUUAGCAUUGUGUUUAAUAAAUAA